AGCCUCCUCGUCACCGCCCCCUCCGCGGCCGGUCCGAGGUCUGGGUGUCCCCCGCUUCAGGCGAUCCCGGGUUCCCGACCCGCAGCCGACUGCCCGGUGACUCGGCCGCGCGCGAGCUCGUCCCCACGGCUGCGAGGAGGGUUCCCCCAGAGCGAGGCGCGGAAACGGGGUGCCCCGGCCUCCCGCCCGCUGCCCGCCCGUUCUUUGCGGUCGCGAUCGCUGUGCAACCGGCGUGAUGGGUGCCAACGAGGACCAGGAGAUGGAACUAGAAGCUUUACGUUCUAUUUAUGAAGGAGAUGACAGUUUCCGGGAAUUAAGUCCAGUUUCAUUUCAAUAUAGGAUAGGUGAAGACGGCGAUCCUAAAGCCUUCCUGAUAGAGAUUUCCUGGACCGAGACAUAUCCGCAAACGCCUCCGGUUAUAUCCAUGAACGCGUUUUUUAACAACACGAUCUCCCCGGCUGUGAAGCAAAGUAUCUUAGCCAAACUGCAGGAAGCGGUGGAAGUGAACCUUGGCACCGCCAUGACUUACACCUUGUUCGAGUACGCGAAGGACAAUAAGGAGCAGUUCAUGGAGAACCACCAUCCCGGGAAUUCUUCGACACCCAUAGCCAAAAUCAUCUCGGUUGAGACUCCCAGCACAGCCACAUCAAGUAAGAAAAAAGACAAGAAAGAACAACUUUCCAAAGCACAGAAACGCAAGCUGGCGGAUAAAACAGAUCACAAAGGCGAGCUUCCUCGAGGCUGGAACUGGGUUGACGUCGUGAAGGUAUAGCACACUUACAUUCAAGUCUUCAAACUCGUUCAAAGUUACUGCCCUCAAAUAACAAAACGCGUAUUUUCCUCUUUCCUUCCCGCUGCCUUUGGGAUGUCCCGGAUGUCUGCCUGCUUUUUUGGAUUCAGCAUCUAAGCAAAACUGGCUCUAAAGAUGAUGAAUAGCGCCUGCAGACAAAGCGAGAGGAACCUUUUUGAAAAGUUGCCCAGUUCAACCAUCUAACUUUUUCUGGUGGCUUUUUCCAAGACAUCGGUCUUCUGUAUGUGUCUUGAAAAAUAUAAGUGGAAAGUUUAUGAAGAGAUUCGAUUGUAGUAAAUUAUUUUCACAAACUUGCCUUAAUAAAAGGUGAAAAUGUAACCAUUCGGAGUACUUUCUGAAGCUGUUGAGCAUCCGUACAUGGCUCUGUGGAGUGAGUUGGUGGUACCUUAACCGUCUGAUCCAAGCGAUGCGGUCCUUUUUAAAGGCCAACAAAGCGGCUUUCAAACUGGCAAUUGAGUAGAGCCCAAUCCCGAGUCUCUGGCAUCCCAUGGCGUGACCCACACUAACACGCAUCUCACCUUGAAGACAUCAUCUCCUUUCGCUUACAUAGCAAAGCAGAAGUGGCUUCAGAGAAAUCUGAGUUCCGGGGUUGAGCUUUCUAUGAUUCUCUUGGUAGUUCCUCUUUCUUUUUCAGCAGUGAAUCGCUCCUCCUUCAUAAACUGAUGUCUGUUUAUACUUUUCUCGUAGUUUGGAUGAAGGUGUUUGAUCAUGAGAGCUUUCAAUUAUGUGACUACUAAAAAGUAAAGCGCUUGCUGUGUAAGCCUGAGGACCUGACUUAGCUCCCCAGCACCCACAAAAGAAACGGGGGGAGGUAGAGACAGAGGGGUUCCUGGGUGCUUCCUGGCCUGCCAGUCUGGCUGAAUCAUUGAGCUCCUGGCUCAGGUGGGAGCCAAAGAGGAAGACGCCUAACGUAGAUCUCUGGCCUCAAUUGGCAAGCAUAAGUGUGUGCACUCACCAGUACACACAGACAAAUACCAGACAGACACACAGAGCAAAGCAAAAACGACAAAUUUGCCAAAUACUUUAGAAAGCAUGUAAAUGAGUGCUAGCUCUUAUUUUAAACUGUUUCUCUUAGCCGGGCACGGUGGCGCAUGCCUGUGAUCCCAGCCCUCAGGGAGGCAGAGGCAAGCAGAUCUCUGUGAGUCCGAGGCCAGCCUGGUCUACAAAGUGAAUCCAGGACAGCCAAGGCUACUCAAAGAAACCCGGUCUGGAAAAACCAAAAUAAAUAAAUAAAGAGAAUAUUUAUCUUUGCUGCAUACGCCAGAAUGAGAGUAUAAGAUGCCUUACUAUUUAAUUUUUGUAUUGUUGGAGACAGUGGUGUUAAUAAAUUUCUAUUCUCUGCCAUUAGGACAUUUUGUUGUUGGGUAACAGGUCUUUCUGUGGAUUCAGCAGGAAACACAUUUAGGGAGGGUGCGUGGGUUUUGUGAGAGGUUUAUUGUUUUGUUUUGUUGGUGGGUUUUUUUGUUUUUAUAGCAUCUUUUCAAGUAUCCAAAUAUGUUCCCCAGCCUCUGUCUUUUUAAUAAUAUAUAUCCAAGUCUUUCACUUGCUGAACUGUUGUUCUGCAUGCUUGGGCCUAAAAAUCAUUAGGAAAAGAAACUCACUGUAGUUUUGUUAGGGGAAUUACUGUGGGGGGGGGGUUAACAGUGACUGUGUGUGCUUUCGUGUUGUUAGAAUACCAGGUCGCACCAUGUUGUUUAUGCCACGCUUUAAAGAACAAUUAACUUUUAAAGACGUUACCUUAGCAUAAGAGCAGAUGUGUCUGUGCAUUUUACAGUUACCCUUGGCUUCAGUGAAAUUGUAUGAGCUGUAAAGUAAGCGUAGUUACAGUGAAAGAGUUUGCUUGCACUUUUGUUUCUUGGAUUAAUACUGAAGACACCCAGACUAUGACAUCUUUUCUUUCCAAGCUUCUGUUGAUGUGGUUUUUUUAUUGUCAUCUUGAUUUGUUUGAUUUUUUUUUUUUAAUCUUGUAAUGGAAAAAAAAAGCAUUUUGUUCUGUUCUAAAGAUUUUUUCCACUGGUCAAAGUUAUUGUGGUUCUUAGAUUGCAAAAAAUAAUGCUAGUUAAAUGCCAAUGAACUAUUUUUACUCUUUUUCUAUGAAAUGUGCAAAUCUCUGGGGCAGACGGUGGCAGUGGUGCCUCUUGUUACUUAUGUGAACACUUGAACAUUUUCAUCAAUGUUGCCAUCAUCUGAUAAUGCUCCCAGUCUAUUUUCUCAGAGUCUGUUUACUUAAGAUUGUGUGGAAUGACAUGACUAAUAAGCAAUAAAGUCUGAAUUAUAGUGA